AUGGGGGCAGAAAACAUCCAGGUCUUCGGUGACUCCCAGCUAAUAGUCAACCAGGUACAUGGAGUGUACCAAGCAAAGGACGACAACAUGAUCCAGUAUCUGGCGGUCGUCCAGUGUCUCCUCAAGAAGUUAAAGAGUUACAAGCUCUCUCAAAUCCCCAGGGAACAAAACUCGCAAGCCGAUGCCCUGGCUAAUCUAGGGUCCUCCCUUGAAACAAACAGCCUGAUGAGAUUCUCCAAUCAGAGGUUUGUCGGCAGAUAUAUCUGGAUUAACUCCCCUCCCAAUGUCACAUCUUUGGACAAUCAAAUGGAACAUCCUCCAGCGUCAAAGACGGUAGCUACCCAAAGUCUCCAAACCGGAAGUUUAGAGGAAGAAAGACAGGAUCACACUAACGGUAGAUCCUCUCAAGAGCCAGAAACGGUCGAAAAAGACAGUCAGGCUAAGCUCCCACAACGUAGAAAGAGUUUGCGGCUACGAAACUUUCUGAAUCCAACGUUGCUUCCGUCAACUUCCGUAGAGCAGGUUAUUGAGAUUCCGUCGUUUCCCUUGGUUUGUCCCAGGAAGAUAACAAUGAUGACCUGGUGA